AUGCCAUCCUUUUGCAAUUUGUUCUCGACUUGUUCUUCAGUUCCCACUUCUGUGAGCUUUUUUUAUCAAAAAAACAAGCUCAAAAAUGAUUGUAAGUAUAAGCGCGUCCAUUUUGCAUAAAUACCCUGCCGCGCAUCUGCCGAGUGGGCGUGGCUUCGCCAUCACCCGAUUUUUUUGCCUUUUUAAUUUUGUUUUUAAAGCUUUUACAGCCUUUUUUUAUAAGUUUGUGAUUCGUUUAGAACUUUGAUAGAACGCUAUUAAAUGGUAAAUUAUUCACCAGUAGUUGUAAAUACCUUAAUUUGAGAUGUUUUCUGAAGAAAUUUGAUGUUUUAACUAUUGUGUUUGUUUUUGUUGCGUAAUUAGAGAUAAUUACGUAUUUAUUUUUCAAUUUUAAAUUGAUUCAGUUGAUUAUUUUUGGUCUGGCGAAAAGAAGAAAGGAACUAGAUGAGGAUAGUUUUCAAUAAAUUUAUCUUUCUCUUUUUUUAAAAUGUUUUCAGCCCUUUUUUUCAUUUUCAACGUUUUUUUCUACCAGUUAUUAUCAUUUAUUUUAAGUAAUACACCACUUCUAAGGAUUGCUCUUGAACAAAACCAUAUGAUAGGUUUCAAACAAACAAACUUCUCACCAGUGAAACGGCAAUCAUCGAUUUUUCUCAUCCAAUCAGCCUGACGUUGUGACAUUUCUUUUUUUUUCUCCUGUUACGCGUGACUUUUGGCGAUUUUUAUCGGCCUCGCAUUUUUCUUGUGUUCAUCACGUAGUUUUCGGUUUUUAGGAUACUUUUCUAAAAAUUAUUGAGUGCUGCGGGAUCUUGUAUUGAAGAUGUAUGAAACAUUUGAACGAGUUUUUGAACUUUUUUUAAAUUUUUUUUUGAAUUUUUUUACGUUUUUUUCAUUGCAUUAAAUUUUCUUUAGCCUUAGGUAACAGUUCAUUUUCAGUAUUUCAAAGGCGCGAAAAGUAGAGUUUUCCCGAUUCAAGCCCGAAAAGGUCCUAUGAGUACAUUUCAAAUCCUUCGAGUUAAAUUUUUUUUUGUUUUAAUGGCAGAUUUUAAUUUUUCAUUGAUGUUUUUAAAGGAGCAUAGACAAGUUUUAAUAAAGGUCUCGAGGCGAAGAGCCGUUUCCAAUGCUUUAUUCAGUCAUUAGAAGAUUCCUGCGCCUUAAAUGUGAAAAUAAUGACUUUUGAGCAGAAGUUCCUUCUUUUUUCUUCCCCGCAAUACACAUUGAUACAUUGAAUAUCAUUUUAAUAUCGACCAUCCUUCACUUUAUUGAUCUAUAACCCAUUCCGAGUCAGCUUGUCAUAGUUUUCGAGUUUCUCCGAGCUACAGAACUCUUCCAUUCGAUGGGCGUGGCCUGUUCCUGUCGAUGCGCCUUUAAUAUAACGGAUUUGUAAGCCAAAUAAAAUGCGUAUGAGAAGAGGAAGACCACACACGUCGAAAGAAAGGGUUAUAAAGCUAGAAAAAAAAUUGUGACGGUUUGGCUAGGAAUGAGCUAUACCAAUACCAGAAAAGAUCGAAAAAGUGAUAAUGAUCAGAUAAGCGGGGCGAUGCUGACCGCACGGGGACCACAGAUGCGGGCAUUCACACAGCGGGUCGCCUCCUACUCGACCCAGGCCCUCAAUUCCUCGCCGGCCGUCAUCUUCGUCGGCAAGGCUCACACUUGUACGUCUUCUGUCCCUUUCAAAGGGUGUUGGAAGGAUAUUCAGCUAUAAGCUCCUAGGAAAGUCGGUUUAUGAGGUCGCUUAAAGUAGCGUCCGACUAAAAACGACUUUAGUGGGACACAAUUAGUCUGGGAACAGGCCUUGACAAAAAGUAUAAAAUAUAUGAUGUGAAAAUGAUUUUUAAUAAUUUUGAAGACGUGUGAGGUUAUAUAAAGGUGUUAAAGGAGUAUAGUUAAGCUUUGACACCAGAUUUCUUUAUUUUGAACUGAAUUUUCGCUGAAAAUCAAGAAAGAAACUGAAAAUUUCAGUGAAGGCUGGACAAAUAAGCAUGAAAACCGCGAAUGUUUGUGAAAAAUAAAAUCAAAAACUUUUUUUUCAAAGUUUAAAUUUGCCAUUUUUGCCGUCGAUUCGUUCAUUUUAAAUAUUUACAAGAAUUUUAUGAGAUUAUUUUAACUCCUAUUUGGCUCAGAUCCAAGCACAGGCAAAAUCGGAAAUUUGAGAUUUGAGCCACAAGUUUCAUACAACCUAGUCAAUAAGAUCAAAAAAAAUAACUGUAAUAUUAAAAAAAUUUUUUUGAAUAGGUCUUUUUUUGAACUUUUACUGCUUCAGAUUUGCAAGAAAAAAACGCGUUUUUAUUUUUCUAAAAAAAUUUGUCGGAAAUUCUUGGAGAAAGUCGUGAGAAUUUCGGAUCAGCUCAAUAAGUACAUAAAAUUGAAGAUAUUCACGAAAAAUAACCAGAUUAAGUUUGAUUCAAAUCAGAGAAAUUGGUGUUUAUUCUGCAUAUAUUUUGAAGAGGUUGAAGGAAAGUUAUUGAUUCACUCGGAAAAAGAAGAAAAAGUUGAGUAAAUCCGAACAAGAUCCUUCCAAUUCAGUGCGCCAAAACUCGUUACUUGGACCCAGCGAUCAGCAAUUUCCGCUUCCCGGCGACGUCGCCUUCGGAAAACAGGCUUUUCAGGUUGAUUUCUAUAAUGAACUGAAAAAUUAUUUAAAAAACCCUUCCAGGAAACGGCUGAUAGACUGAAGCAAGAACGGGAACGAAUGGACGUUUUCCGGCCUUCCGCUUUGCAAAAAUCCCAUUGCAACAUCAACACCAUCCUCUCCGCUUCCAGUAUCAAUGCCGACACGGCUCAUUUACAGAAAAUUAAGGUGAAAAUUUCAAAAGAAAAAUUAUUUUUGUUCAGGUUUUGAGUUGACUUUCAAGAAAAAAAGAGGGUGAAUUAUGCGUUUUUUGAUGGAAAAAAUAUGGAUUAUUAUGAAAAAAUAUGGUUAGGUGUCAGAAUUUCGCUACAAGACCUUUAAUGACACCAUUAGAAGUGUGAAUAAAUUGUGUUGGAGAUUUUUAAAAUUUUUUUAAAUGUUCCAUCAGUAAAAAAAUUCAUCCUUGAAAGGACCACAUUUCGAAGUUUUUUUAACGUAUAAAAUCGAUUUUUUUCGACAAUUAUUUGAAGAAAAAAACGGCUCCAGAUUAUAGAUUUCUUUGAAUUGCGAACAGUUUUUUUGAAGUUUGAAGAUAUGAAAAACGACUCCUUUACAGAAAAUUAAGGUGAGAAUUAAAUAAAAAAACCCUGUUUUUUUGUUCAGAUAUUAAGUGAAAUGUGCGAUUUUUCAUGAAAAAAAUAUAUUUUAGUGUUAAAAAAAUUCGCAACAAGACUUUAAAUGACACCAUCAGAAGUGUAGAUAAAUGGUUUUGGAAUUUUAAAAUUUUUUUCAAAACAUUAGCAAAAAUCCAUUCUUAGAAUGACCACAUUUUUGAAGUUUUUUUAACGUAUAAAAUCAAUUUUUUUCGACAGUUAUUCGAUGAAAAAAACGGUUCCGUGUUGCAGAUUUCUUUAAAUUGCGAGCAGUUUUUGAAGUUGGAAGUUUGAAAUUAUGUUAAAACAUGAAGGUUUUUAAAUUUUGUGUUUUAGCAACUUUUUAAGACAACUCGUUUGCUUUUUUUGUAAUGAUAUUCGUGACAAAAAGUAAAAAAACGAGUAAAUCCUCUUUUUUUAGUUCAAAAAUGCUCCCAAAUCUCAUUAAAUCAUGAAUAUACUUCUAUUUUUUUGGCCAAAUGAAACGGUGCGAAUUAAAUUUUUAGGCCAAAUCAUUGCAUUUUCGGCUUUUGGUUUCAUUAAACUGCUUUUUGAUCAUUUUGAGCAUCUUUAAUAAAUCUUUAUCAACCCUUUUGAAUCGUCAAAGAAAAUGGUGGAAUACAACUGGAAAAAAAUAUUUUUUUCAUGAAUUUCAAAGCUCUUUUGCAGGACGAAGCCUUGCGGGAAGCUCAGCAAAACGCUCCGGACUGUCCUGUGGAGUUGACGGCUCAAAAUUGCCCGAGGCUUUUGAAGAAAGGUAGCUUUAAAGAGAACGAAAAUGGUUUAUAACCCGAAAAAUGCAAUCUUUUUCAUAGAAUUGGUUAGGAAUAUUGUAAUGAAAUCAGGGUUUUUCCUUGAAAUUUUUUUGAAAUACUGAUAAAUAAAGUAUUCCUAAAGGUACAGGGGUCAUUUUUUUAAUCGAAGUUAGGGUUUUUUUCGAACACAUGCAAAGUCCAAACGACCUCAAAAAGAUGAGCCUUGAGCUCCUUUUUAAGUUCCUAAAAAGGUGUCGAAAAUUUCUCGGAACCUCUUUUUUUCACUUUUUUUGACCUCCUUAAAAGGUCUUUUUCAAAAAAAUGUCUAGAGAAAUUGCGCCUUUUUGAGACCUUUUGGACUUUAACCAUGUAAAAAAUGAACAUUUGAAAGAUUAACUAUUUUUUUUUGCGACCAGUUUCAAAAUUUAUCCUUCUAGAAAUGCGCAGCCUGUUCCCCGAGAUCAAGUUCAACAAGUUGGACGAAUUGUCGGUCCUGAACCUGACCCAGAAGUCGGAGUUCGACAUGGCCGCCUGGAGCGAGGCGAUGGAGGAGGAACGCGACAAAUUGACCGCUUCGGUAUUUUUCUCUCUUGUUUCUUGGAUUUCAUUGUAUUUUUUUGGAUUAUUUUUGUAUUUAUGAUUUUCUUUUGAGAAAAAAAAUAGGUCUUGAGAAGAAUUUUUAAGAAGUUACUGUAGGAAUUUCGAAAAAGAAAUGCGAGAAUCGCAAAAUUUUUUUCAAAAGAAAUAUUUUUUUCCUUGACGUUUUUUUAAUGAAAAAAAUUUGUUAAGCGGAUCCGAAAUUAUUUGAAUUUUUUUAAUCAAAUCAAAAAUUGAAGUCAUUUUCUUUUUCAAAAAAAUAAUAUAUUUUUCAGAGUUUUUUUCCCCGAAAAAGGACUGAAAUAUGUCUCGAAACUUUGAAAAGUAGCAUAAGUUUUGUCCUAAAAUGCUCAAUUUUCAUCAAUCUUUACGUAGAAUUUCGAAAAAUCACCUUUUUUCAGUUCAUCAUGUCGGCCCAAGCGAUUUGCACGACGUUGAGAAAUUGCGGGUAUUGGGCCGAUUUUAUUGACCCCGCCUCUGGACGGCCCUACCUCGAAGCGUUCGUUUUUUACAGAUUUACCCGGAAAUUUUGAUGAAAAAUGAUUUUUUAUGCUAGAGAAUAGGUGAUAUGUACGAAAAAUGAAGCUUGGAAACGAAGAAAAUCUUUGGAAAUUUUAAAAUUCAGGGUUCAUUUUGAUUUCUCGUAAGGAAACUGUAUGGAAAUCAUAGUUUUUCGUGUAUUUUUUUUUCAGUUUUUAAUUUUCCAGGUACACCAACAACACGCUGUUCGAAACCAACGACGCCUACAAGCAAAUGGGAUUCCGAAUCGACGAUCAGGGAUGCUGCAAGGUUCGCAUUUUCAUAGUGUAUCCUGGAAAAGUGAAGAAAAAAAGCAUCGAAAUCUCUCAAAAAAAACAGGAUAUUUUUUUAAAAAAAUAUUUUUUUAUUCAACUUCAUUUUUUUAAAGCAGGGUUAAGCUUCACAGGAAAAAGUAAUUGAAAAGUGCCGAUUUUUUUCAAAUUUUUUUGAGGUGUUUUAUUUUUUUAAAGUCAAGGUUCAUUUAAUGUUGAGUGGGUCCUCCAAGUCGCCCCCUUUAGAAAAAUAAAAUAUUUUUUUGUUUUCUGCAUCAUUUUGUAUUUAUAAUUUUUUUGCGAAAAUAACGGGUCUUGAGAAGAGUUUUAAGAAUUUACGUUGAGGAUACUGUAGGAAUUUUGAAAAAAAGAAAAAGAUUGAAUCAAAAAAAUUUUUUUAGAAGAAAUAUUUAUUCUGGACGUUUCUGAUGAGAAUUUUUCUCAAACAGAUCCGAAAUUAUUCGAAAUUUUGAUCUAUAGAAAUUUCUUGCUUAAGACUCUCUGAGUAAAACCGAAAAUCGAAGGUUUUAUGAACUUUUUUUGAAAUUCGGAACUUAGGCUCCUCACAAGGAAGGUCGUUUUACUUUGCGCUUAAGUUUUUACGUGGAAAUUGGCCAGAACGCUUCUAGAUGUACCAGAAGAAGAUUCUAAAAGUCUCAACCAGCACAACUUCCUUGUUUUCGAGAAAAGACACUUCAGAGUCAAAGAAAGCCCUCAAAACCCAAAAAAUUGGCUAUUUUGAGACUUUAGGCCCAUAUUUAUCGGAAACUAGGAAGUUUUGCAGGUUGAUACUUUCACGAUCUUCAUCUGAUACAUCAAGAAGUGUUCUGACAAAUUUUCAGGGAUUUCCCAACCACAGAAAAAAGGCAUUCCUUGUCAGAAAAUUCUUAUUUUUCUUAAUUUUUAUGAUAAAACUUGAUUUUUUUUUUCGAAUCAAUAACUUGAACCCAGGGCUGACUUAGUUGGAUUUCGGUUGAAUACAAUCUUUGAAUCAAAUCAAAUCAUUUAUUUUGUUGGUUUAGUCAUAGAUGUAAUCGACUAGGCGGUGAACAAGAACUUUGAAAGCUAUAACGAACAACCGCCUUUGGCGAGCUAGAAGUCCAAACGUGUAGUCGAAAGAGUUGAAAGCAUGGUCUUACGGUCCUUCGCACCGUUCUUCUGCGCGUGGUCCUUCCAGUUGCGUCUUCACGAGCUCAGAAUGUAGCGGAUGUUGUGCUGGAGCCCGGAGACCGUGCUCUAGGUGGAAGCCUCAGAAUGAGAGCUACCACUUCGAGUGAAGAUUUUACACGGAAUGAAUUACAGAAAAUUUUUCAGUGUUUUUAUUCUUUUCUUCUAAUUUUAUUGAUUUUAGGUCCUUCAACACGCCCUCUGGGGCUCUCACGCGUUUGUCGGCACAAUCUUCACCGAUGCCCCACUUGAUUCGACGAUCGUCAAAGACAUAUUGAGCAAGGUUCAUUUUUUCAACGAUUUUUUUUUGGGAGGUAUCAAAAAAACUAACAAAAGUGGCUACUCUAGGGGGGAGGGCUAGUAGUAUUCGUCUUCUUAUCUUUCGGAAAUAGAACAAGAUAUUUAAAUAUCCCUCAAAGGACCACUUAACCUUUGAAGGUGUCCUUAAGUAGUGACCUUACCCACUAACUAGGGAGUUUUGAAGGUUGAGACUUUCAGGAUCUUUUCCUGAUACAUCAAGGGAAUUUUUUUCAAUUUUUAUUAUAUUGAAUAAAGUCGAGGUUUUUGUAAAAUCUGUACAUUUUUCCCCAAGUUUCGGAUUCUUAGGAACUCAAGAGUGGUCCUUAUAGGGGUAACCUUAAAGACCCUUGGAAGGUUCCCACUAGAGACCACUUUACCAACCCCUAUAGGGACCACUAAAGCUUGCGAAAGUGAUCCCUAUUGGGGUUUUAGUUAGUGACUCCUAAGGGGGAUUUUCGAUAAUUUUUAACUCUAUGCGAAGAAAAAAACUGAAUAAACAAGCGUUUUUUGAAUAAAAUUGAAAGACCCCUAUUGGGAUCACUUGAGCUUUAAGGGCUAAAGGCUCAGACUUUAAACCUCUUUAGGGAACCCUUUGAUUUUACCUAUAUAAGGACCACUUUUUUGGCCCUUAUAUAGGCGGUUUUUCCUCCUAACCCCUAUAGGGACCACUUUAAAAUCCCUGAUUUCCAUGGAUUUUUGAUUCUUUCGAUUUUUGACCUUUUUCGGCUCUUGUCGACCUUCUUGAUAUUAUUCUUACUCGAUUUUACCGCCAUAACUUUCAAAUUUCAGGUAAACGCCGACAUCGCCGAAACGGAACCAACCGCCGCCAUUUGCACCGAAUCGACGACGGAAAAUUGCGCAUGA